UUGAUCGCAGGUUUUCCCAACGGACAUUUUGACACAUCAUCCUGCAUUGGUUUGUCUACCCGUAAUUAUGUUUAACCCUUUCAUAAACUGAAGAAAAUACAAACACGUAUGAGUAAUUACUUAUCUAAGUGUUCGGUUUUUAUUUGAUUUGCUAGUUGUGUUGUUAUUGAGGACAUAAUGGCGACUGUUGAAAGUGCUGACGAUCAUUCCGAGUCAUUGACAACGGACGAAGGCAACAGUGGGGAACUCCUACGUUUGGCUAAAAAACUGGACUCGAAGUUGUCGAUAGCUAUUCAGCAAACGCUGGCAAUAGUGCCAAUACAUAACACACUUCUACAAGGGUUUUCUGAACUCAAAUUAGUUGCAGUCGGGAGUACACAAGAUGGAUCUAAGGUGAAUACCCCAUUUGACGCUGGUGACGUGGAUAUUCUACUUACUGCAACAAAGAAGCUCUUAUCGGAGUCCUUGUUUCUGUAUGUCAAGGAUCAUCCGGCAUCCCUUUGGGUACUUGGUAUGAACGGAGAACAUAAGACGUAUUUUGAAGAUAUUAGAUCUACUUUGAUUGAAGGUCAGUGUGUCCCAGUGUCUGCGCUGAGACACAUAAAAAAGGAAUACGAGGAAACCUUAAAAGUCAACAUCAAAAGGAAAUUUCAACAUGGUGCAUUCACUUCAGAAGCUAGAAUUAAUACCAUUGAAAGAUCAAAAGUGGGUUACAAAUAUGAAUCAAGGCCGACGGAAGGCACGGAAGACAAAUCAGUUGAAUUCCAUAAGUGUCUUUCCGCAGACAUUGUUCCAGCUUUUUCGUUUGAAGGAUGGCCAUUUACAGCAAAAGAAUGGAUCAACAGAAAAAGAGAAUGGCCACCUGAGGAUAUCGUCAAGAAGGUUACUGAAACGGGCUGUCAGAUUGUUGCUAAGCAGCCCUUAGACACGGGAACAGAUCUAGCUAGAAUUCCUGACUUUAUCGAACGAUACAUCAAAGUCGAGAACCAAGUCGUCAACGCUUGUGAUAAACAAAAUGUCACCACUUUAUAUGACAGAAAAAUAGACAAGUCAAUGGUUGAAAAUUCAACAGACAAAGCUGAAGGCAAUUCAGAUGUAGAAAGCGCAAAAGAUGGAUAUUUUCGUUUGUCAUUUUCUCAGUGCGAACUUGUCCUUGCCAAAAGCCUGACAAAGCUGCAAGUUUUAUGUUGGCGUGUCUUAAAAGCCUACCAGAAAGCUUACUUCGACACUCCGCCGCAAGUUUUAACAUCAUAUCACUGGAAAACAGUGGUCUUCUGGGUAGUAGAAGAGACGCCCCCAACCUUCUGGAAAGAAGACAAUAUACUGGAGGCUGUUUUUAAAAUGCUUGAUAAGAUGAUAAAUUUUCUCAAAAACGGUUUUAUACCUCUAUACUUUGUGCGAAAUCAAAACUUAAUAACGGCGACAAGCGAAAAUGCGAUAAAACAAGCUCUAGUCCAGGUAAACCACAUCAGAAAAAGGCCAAUUGAAAGUCUUCAAUGGUUUCUUGACAACCCUCCAAAACCCGACAGUCCAGAAGUUAGUGUACAACCUGCGCGCGCCGAUUCAAAACCAUUUACUCUGCUUGAUUUUUUUGAUGAACACUUUAAUGACUCGAAUGCAGACUUGUUCAGCAGCUACGAAAAGGACGUUAUAGAACUUAUGAGAGACGUUCUGUCACAAGCAAAUAAUCGAGGGCCUAUGCAAACCGAAGAAAACACCCAAGUUACAAAAUCCGCUGAAAAUACGUCAACAAGCCACAACUCCACAACAGAAACAGGUGGUGACAGCAUGGACAUCAACGUAAAGCAAUUGUUUCAAAAAAACUUACGCGGACUGACAGAUUCAUCAAAGCAAAACGACACAUCGAAUGCAAAUCAAGGCCGCUACGCAAAACCUGGAAGUGAGAUGUCAAACCUCGAAUCCGUACUGGAGAAGGCACUUGGGGCGCUUGUCGGUUUGAUGAAACAUAAUCCAAACAAUCAAGCAAGCGCAUCUAGCGAGUCACCAAGUCCUUCCCGAGAGCUUGGAUAUUUAUCAUUUCUUAUUGUUGUGUUUUUGAUAGCUAAAUGCAUGUGUGGAAAAGAAGCUGAUCCAGAGUUUGGCAGGGCGCUUGUCGGUUUGAAGAAACAUAAUCCAAACAAUCAAGCAAGCGCAUCUAGCGAUUUACCAAGUCCUAUCGAUUUUGGGAGCCUGAUGGCCAAUAUGAAAAAGUUUAUUGAUGAAAUUCCUAAUUUGCAAACGACUGAUAAAAAGAACGACGAAACUAGCAAAGGUUCCGAUUGUGAAACUGCAAUGGCAGGGGAAAGUUCGAUGAUGAUGAGUGGCGGAGAAAGAAGUAAAGCUGACCUAGAGUCUGGCCAGAAUCUUGUCGAAUUGAUGAACCAGAACCAAAACAUUCAAGCAAGUGCAUCUAGCGAUACGCCAACUCCGUUCCGUAUGGAAAAAUCGAUUAAGGAUAUGAUUGAUUUGCCACCGACUGAUAAACAGAACGACGAAACUAGCAAAGGUUCUCUUUGUGAAAUUGAAUUAGAUUGAUAAUAAUUUCGUUCCAAAUUUCUCAACCCCCUAUCCCCCU